CCGAUGCAACAUUGAAGGUCACGUUACCACAGUUCAAUUUGAUGAUGCUCAAGAUAUCCAAGGCCCAAUACCACCUUUUUUGGACCAACUUCCUAAUUAGUAUACACUAGACCCUAGUGUAGGUACCAUAACCUACACCCCCUACAAAACGCAGCGUUUUGCGUUUUUCCCCUACCCCCACAAACUACAGUAACUACCCCCACUAACCACAGUAAAAAAAAAAAAACUAUCCAUAUCAAAUUAUUCUCUCUCUAAAAACCAUCUUCUUCAUUUUUGUAGAAUUUCUCUCUCAUCAACACCGUCGAAUCGGAACGAAAUUCUCUUCAAAUUAUUGCAAAAUUGCUUCAAAACACUUCAUAAUUACUUCAAAUGUCUGAUAUUCGAGAUGAAAUUAAACAACCGCAGCAGCAUUUUGAUAAAGAAGUGAUUUUGCAAAAAAACGCUUUAGAGAAGAACAUGGAAGAUAAAACUGGAAAAUCAGAGCAAAAUGUUACCAAAGAUAUGAUUUUGGAGAAAAAUACUUCACAGACGAGUAAUUUGUUGAAAAUUUCUGAAGAAAUAGACGAUGAUGAUGAUGUACCUCUUCAGUCAAGAGUAGACAAAUUGAAAAAAAACCGCCAAAAUGAUCCAAUUGUAGAUCCGGAACUUUUAAAAGAUAUUGACAAGUCAAUUGGUACGGAUUUAACAAUGUCUCCACUACCAAGUGAACAAAGUGAGAACAUUCCUGCUACUAAUGCAACAACUAAGAGUGUGUCUGCUACACAUAACACAACUGACAAAGAGAGCAGGGAUGAAAGCAAGCAAGAAGAAGUUCAACCAAAAGUGCAAAGCAAUCCAGUAAAGAAUAGUCUUGGCCAAAAAAAACCCAAAGAUGAUUCAAGAAUAACAACAUUAAAGGACAAGAUGCAAGAAAUACAUUUAGACAUAGAGAGAAACCCAAAAAAGUACAAAGAAUCGACAAUCAGAAUUAUGAGAAAUCUCAAAAGAAUGGAAAAGGCAAGCAAGGAAAUCAGGAAAGGUGAAGCAAAAAAGAAAGAAAAAGGGCCAAUAGAAGAGAAAACUGUGGAAAAAGAAGUACAAGAAGGAAAAAAAGGGACUGAAAAAGAGAAAAGCCCUAAAGACAAAACUGUGGAAGAUGUCUUUCCAAAGACAACAAAUGUAGAAGAAGGACAAGAGGGAAAAAAAGAGCCUGAAAAGGAGAAAAUCCCUAAAGAGAAAACAGUGGAAGAUGAGUCUACAAAGACAACAGAUCCGAAAGCACAAAUUGCACCUGAUUUUGUUCAAAUUGAGGAUGAAACUUAUCUUCUAGAUCAAGAUGAUGAUAAAGUUUCCACAAAACUUAGUGAGGAGACAGCUCCAUCAUCACAAAAAAGUGAUCAGUCAACCAAAAUGAAAACAAGAUACAAAAUGGUUGCAAGGAAAAACAAAAACAAAAGCCUUGUUGUUGUGCCAAGUGGUAGAAUUACAAGGAGCCAAGAUGUUCUGUUAGAUGAAUCUAAAAAGGGAAGCCUGAAGAAGGAUGUUGAGCCUGCUAAAGAAACCGCAAAAAUAGGACAGAAGAGAAGAAUGUCUACAAGGAAUUUUCCUAUUCAAAAGGAAGCUGAUGCACCACCUCCAGCACCUACUCCAAUAAAAAAAAUGGCAGGUGCUCCUGCUGAAUAUCCUCCAGACCAAGGCAAAAAGGGUGGGAAAAAGAAAACUCUAGAAGUGAAGAAAACUUCUAAGGUUGCUGGCAAAAGAAAAGCAGAUGUCAGUCCUGCCAAGAGAAAUGCUGGAAAGAGAAAAAAAAUACAAGAAGUACCAUCAGAUGAACCCUCUCAAGAUCCUGACAGUGAUGAUGAUAGUGAAGAGUCAGUUUAUAGAGCAGAAGAAGAGCCUGUCAGUGAGGAUGAUUAUGAGGUGGAGGAAGAGGAGGAAGAGGAAGAAGUAAAGCCAAGGAAGAAACAGGCAAAGAAAGGGAAUUCAGUGAAGGCAAAGGUUGAAAAGGAGGAGCAAAAGAUGGUACUGUAUGAUGAAGGAAAGAUUGAAGGUAGGAGAAAAAAGAAAAUGAAAACUGAAAUGGUUCAAGCAAUAGAAACUGAUGAAGUUGAGGAAAUUCAGGAAGAUGAAUUUGAGGAAGAGAAAUCUUCAAAGAGAGGAGGACAUGUGAAGUUCAUUGCAUGGAUAAAAAAGAUGACACCUACCCAAAAACAACAAAUUAUUGAUAUAGGGUUAGGAUCACUUCUUGACAUUAGUUUACCUCAACUUGAUCAAAAGUUCUGUAACUGGUUAUUGGGAAGUUUUGAAGAAAAAUAG